AUGAUGCGGCGCUCCUCCUCCGCCGCCAGACCCGAGAUUCACGAUGAUAUCGCGGUAGAGGAUGACUCUCGCGAGCUAUCCGACGCGGAAAAUAUCGGGACUAGCAGGCGCGAGACGGCGACACCGCUUACCCGUCGAGAUCUGUCUGGUCUGGACAUUGACGACGAAGUCUUCUCGGAUAUCCGAGGCAUGAACACGCCCAGCGUCAGCUCGACGUUCAACUUUGGCCAGUUCAGACGACGCGCCAGGGAACCUAGCAUUCUUGGUAGGAACCGCAGGCCGCACAACGAGAGCCGGGUUACGGACCAGUCCGCCUCGGAGAGCGAGCUAGACGGAGAAGAUUUCGCCCCCGACGCCGUGUCGACUCCCCUCAACCGGCGUCGCUCGCAGCGUAACGCCUCUGCCUCUCGUGCGUCGCAUGUCCCGUCGUCGGGCCUACGGUCCCGCAAGAGGAAGAGCGGAGAGGUUGACCGCGAGGAGAGCGAUAGACCAGAAAAGACAACGCGUGUCGAGGAAGACCAGCCGGAACCUGAACCAGCUCCUCCGCAAGAGCCAACAACCCAAGACCCCAUCACGAACAGCAUCGAGUCCGACGACGAUGACUUGAGCAGCCUGUCAGACGUCUCUCUCCCUCUCCGGUAUCGGGUACUCGAGGCCGAACGGCGACCCGAGACCCAUUACCCGAGCCUCACGUCUGCUCUCGCAUCCCUCCUCCCUCAACGGCGAAGUAAGAACACCCGUGGAGAGGUUGGAUCCGACAGCGAGGAGGACGAGGUCGACUACUCGGCCAUUGGCCCCGAUGAGGACGAGCUCGCCUACUCGCGCUCAACAAGGAGACGUCUUUGCCCCCUGCCCGAGGAUUCGUUCACGGAGGCGGGCCUGGUGCUGGAGGAUCCCAAACAGGAACUCAAGAAUGCGACCCGCAAAUUCAAAGAGGUUGACAGGUGGGAGUUGUCGUUUGAGGAGGUUGCGGAGACUCCCGAGCCGUCUGAUGCGGACGCUCGGUGA